AUGGAGAGCGUGCAGCAGACGAUCACGAGGGUCUCUCAGGAGCUCAGCUGCAGUCUGACGUCCCGCUGCGUGGCAGAACACCUGGAUCGACACGAUGAGCUCCGCCAGCUGCGCCAGGAGUUCCUCAUCCCCAAAAUAUCAGACCUGCCGCCAUCGGAUUUGUCACUUGUGGACGGUUCUGAAGAUUGUGUUUAUUUCGCUGGGAAUUCACUGGGUCUCCAGCCGAAAAACACCAAAAAAUACAUCGAAGAGGAGCUGGAGAAAUGGGCCACAAUUGGAGUCCAUGGCCACCUGAAGGGGUCGCGACCUUGGGUCUGGGCCGAAGAGACCCUGGAGGAGCUGAUGGCAAAGAUCGUUGGUGCUAAACCUGAAGAAGUGGCUCUGAUGAAUGGACUGGCAGUCAAUCUGCAUCUUCUGAUGCUUUCCUUCUACAAGCCGACACCGAAACGCUAUAAGAUUCUUCUAGAAGACAAGGCCUUUCCAUCGGAUCACUACGCCAUUGAAUCUCAGAUCCGGCUGAGAGGACUGGACGUGACCGACAGCAUGCUGAUCAUUACACCCAGACAGGGUGAAGACACCAUCAGGACGGAGGACAUAGUGUCGGUCAUCGAGCGGGAGGGCGAGGCCAUGGCUCUGGUCAUGCUCAGCGGCGUUCAGUAUUACACCGGUCAGCUGUUCGACAUGGAGGCCAUUACCAGAGCAGGACACGCCAAGGGGUGUUUGGUAGGGUUUGAUUGUGCACAUGCCGUAGGAAACGCAGAAAUGCGACUUCACGACUGGAAUGUGGAUUUUGCGUGCUGGUGCUCUUAUAAGUAUGUGAACUCAGGGGCCGGUGGUCUGGCUGGAGCUUAUAUACAUGAGAAACACGCUCUUAGCGUCAAACCCACUCUGACGGGCUGGUGGGGACACAACCUGAAGACCAGAUUCCUCAUGAACAACGAAAUGAAGCUUCAGCCUGGUGUUAAUGGAUUCCGUCUGUCCAAUCAGCCCAUCUUACUGGUGUGUCCACUACAGGCCAGUCUAGAGAUUUUUAACCGGACGAGCAUGAAGGAUCUGAGGAGGAAGUCUGUGCUGCUGACGGGGUAUCUGGAGUAUCUGAUCAGACAUCACUACAGCAAAGACCCGUCAGACCCCGACAAACCCUCUGUCCACAUCAUCAUGCCCUCUGACCCCGAGCAGAGAGGCUGUCAGCUGUCUCUGUGCUUCUCUCGUCCAAUCAGAGCCGUGUUUCAGGAGCUGCAAAAGAGAGGAGUCGCCUGUGACAUGCGAGAGCCCAGCGUGCUGCGUGUCGCUCCGGUGCCGCUCUACAACUCCUUCACCGAUGUUCACCGCUUUAUCACUGCUCUGGGAUCAGCGCUGAGCGCCAGCGGAGCCCAACACUGA